AUGUUGCGAUCAAUUAUCCGAUACGAUACAGAGACCUGUUUGUGUAGCGUGUACCACUUUGGAGUCUGUGGGCAUGCGCAAAGACUCGAAAGUGUAUAUGCUAAGGUGCUUGACGCUGUGCAAAAGGUGUUUGUUGAUACCAACAUGGAUUGGCUGGCGCUGCUGUGGUACCACACCAUCGUGCGGCCCUUCUUCGCGCUGGACGGCGCCAACGUGCGCGCGGGCGUGGAGGCCGCGCAGGAGCUGAUCGCUGAGGCGCAGGCGGACUUCGGCCAGUCGGCGCUCUUCCUCUUCUUCCGCGGGCGCGUCGAGCGCCUCAGGGCGAACGUGGAGCAGGCGCUGGCGGCGUUCGAGGCGGCGGCGGCGCGCUCCCCGCAGCGCGAGGUGCAGCUGCUGUGCCUGCACGAGGCGGGCUGGUGCCGCCUCAUCCAGCUGGACUGGGCCGCCGCGCGCGCCGCCUUCCUGCAGCUGCGCCGCCGCUCGCGCUGGUCGCAGGCCUUCUACGCCUACCUGGCCGCCGGUGCGUCCGCUCUUCAACUCUAA